AUGGCGUUUCUGUGGGCAGUUGCCUGCCUGGCUCUUGCCAGCACCGUCUCAGGCUGUGGGGUGCCCACCAUCAGCCCCUCGGUGCACUACAGCGAGAGGAUCAUCAACGGGCAGAACGCGGUGUCCGGCUCAUGGCCCUGGCAGGUGUCCCUGCAGACCCGUUCAGGAUCCCACUUCUGCGGUGGCUCCUUGAUCAACGAGAACUGGGUCGUCACAGCCGCCCACUGCGAAUUCAACCCGUACUCCCACGUCGUCGUCCUUGGGGAAUAUAACCUCAACUCCAACACAGAGUCCGUUCAAGUGAAGACCGUGACCAAGGCCAUCACCAACCCCAGCUGGAAUGCCUACACUCUCAACGACAUCACCCUGCUGAAGCUCUCCUCGCCCGCCCAGCUGGGACCCCGCGUGUCCCCCAUCUGCCUGGCCCCCGCCAACCUGGCCCUGCCCACCAACCUCCAGUGUGUCACCACCGGCUGGGGACGCACCAACACCAACUCCCAAGCCUUGGCGGCACGUCUGCAGCAGGUAACCUUGCCCCUGAUCUCCCAGAGCCAGUGCAUGCAGUACUGGGGCAACCGGAUCACCAGCUCCAUGCUCUGUGCCGGUGGGGUCGGCGCCUCCUCCUGCCAGGGUGACUCUGGCGGACCUCUGGUGUACCAGAACGGGAACGUCUGGACCUUGAUCGGCAUCGUUUCCUGGGGAAACAGCAACUGCAACGUCCACACGCCUGCCAUCUACACCCGCGUAAGCCAGUUCCGAAGCUGGAUCGACUACGUUGUUGCCCAGGGGUAGAGGCGGUGCCGGAGGGAUCCUUUC